AGAACGAGUCUCGCUUAAUUCUAAUGAUGGGCAUGCGCGAGUAUUGUGGACAUGCGCAGAACAACUACUGAAGCCGAUAUGCAGCGUGUGCCCUUACUCGUCACCAGACCUUCCUCCAGAUGUGAAAUAAGUUUAUUUGAAGGGCGUGAGCCUAAGGCUGCAAUCCAUUACAUGUCUAUUCAGAAUUAAGCUCCAUUGGGUUCAAUGGGACUUACUCCUAUAUAAGUGUGUAUUGGAUUGUAGCCUAAUUCUCUCCAGAUGUACUCAGAAGAAGCUCCCACAGUUCUUAACAGUACACUUGUUUGUGUGUCUACUCAAAAGAAAACCCCACUGAGUUCAGCUGAACUUACUCCAGGUUUGGAGGAUUCCCCCCCCCCAUAAACAAAGAUCAUAGAAUCAUAGAAUAGUAGAGUUGGAAGGCCAUCGAGUUCAACCCCCUGCUCAAUGCAGGAAUCCAUAUCAAAGCAUUUCCGACAGAGGGCUGUCCAGCUGCCUCUUGAAUGCCUCCAGUGUAGGAGAGCCCGCUGCUUCUCUAGCAAUAAGACUAGAGCGCAGAAGCCAUGGAUAGCCAAUAUGAUUUGAUUGGCACCCAAACUUGCAAUGGAAUUUCAGCUCGUGAGCAGAAAACCAGUUCCUUAGUGGCUGAAGGUCAUGGCCAGCAAAUCUUAAAUGUUCUGCAAAGCUUCCGGGAUCAAAACAUCUUUUUUGACUUUAAAAUACUUGUGAAAGAUGAAGUACUCCCAUGCCACCGUUGUGUACUAGCAGGAUGUAGUGACUUUUUCAGGGCCAUGUUUGAAGUUAACAUGAAAGAAAGAGAUGAUGGGAGUGUUACUAUUAGUAAUUUAUCCCCCAAGGCAGUGAAGGCUUUUCUAGAUUAUGCCUACACCGGAAGAACUGAGAUAACAAAUGAUAAUGUAGAAAUGUUAUUUCAGCUUUCAUCUUUCCUUCAAGUUUCAGUUGUUUCAAAAGCCUGCAGUGACUUUCUAAUUAAGAACAUUGAUCUUGUCAACUGUUUGCAACUACUAUCCAUUUCUGAAAGUUAUGGGUCAGCUCAGUUGUUUGACCAUACUCUCAAGUAUGCACGACACCAUUUUUACUUGCUGCUCCAGUCAAAUGAUUUCCUGGAAAUGAAUUUUGAGAUAUUGCAAAAAUGUAUAGAAGCUGAUGGGCUGAAUGUCCCAGAUGAGGAAUCUGUGUUGAAAGCUGUCUUCUGGUGGACAAAGCAUAACUUAGAAACGAGACAGAAGCAUCUUCCUCAUUUGAUGAAAAAAGUACGAUUGCAUCAGUUACCUGAGGAGACACUGAAGGAAGUCUUGCACUCUGAAGAACAGCUACUUGAAAGUACUGGUUGCUUAGUAAUAAUCAAUGAGACAAUUAAAAGUGUGCAAACUUUUAGUGGGAUGUUUCCGGAUGCUCGCCCUUCAACAACAGAACAGUAUAUACUUGUUCACAAAACUGAGGAAAAUGGAGUCCAUCGACAUACCUUUUGUUAUAAUAUUAAAACUGAUCAAUGGAAAGAAUUGAUGCACACACACAUAAUUGAUCUGCCAGGAUCAAGUUUAUCUAGUUACGGUGAAAAAAUAUUUAUAACUGGUGGAUGUAUAGGGAACUGUUUCCGGACCAUUAGACUUCAUAUUGCCGAAAAAUUUCAUGAUGCCACUGACCAAACUUGGUGCUACUGUCCAGUGAAGGAUAGCUUUUCCUUAGUAUCAGCCAUGAAGAAGCCAAGGACAAUGCACGCAUCUGUCGUGACCCUAAAUGAACUGUUUGUAAUAGGGGGGAAGACAAGGGCAUCUCAAGAUAUCAAAAGUCUUUUGGAUGUGGAGGCAUACAGUCCUCUGUCUAACGAAUGGAAAUCAGUGAGUCCAUUACCAAGAGGCAUCUACUACCCAGAAGCAAGUGCCUGUCAGAAUAUAAUUUAUGUGCUUGGUUCUGAAGUAGAAAUUACUGAUGCCUUUAAUCCAUCUCUUGAUUGUUUCUUUAAAUACAGUGCUGCAGCUGAUCAGUGGACUGAACUGGUAGCAGAGUUUGGGCAGUUCUUUCACGCAACUUUAAUCAAGGCUGUUCCAGUGAAUUGCACAUUGUACAUCUGUGACCUUUCCACCUACAAGGUUUAUAGUUUUUGCCCGGAAACAUAUGUCUGGAAAGGGGAAGGCUCUUUUGAAUGUGCUGGUUUUAAUGCAGGAGCAGUUGGAAUAGAAGAUAAAAUUUACAUCCUUGGUGGAGAUUAUGCUCCUGAUGAAAUCACUGAUGAAGUACAAGUCUACCAUAGCAGUAGGUCUGAAUGGGAGGAGGUUUCACCCAUGCCAAGAGCCCUUACGGAGUUCUAUUGUCAGGUGAUUCAGUUUAAUAAAUAUAGGGACCCAUGGUUAUUUACAGUAGCAGUGUGAUACAUGUCGGUUACAAGCAACUGCACAAGUUUUAAAGUUGUGUUUGCAUUUCAUUUUAUGAAAACCAUACAUUUAUUUAUUUAUUAUUUGAUUUAUAUCCCGCCCUUCCUCCCAGCAGGAGCCCAGGGCAGCAAACAAAAGCACUAAAAACACUUUAAAAUAUCAUAAAAACAGACCUUAAAAUACAUUAAAAGAAAAAAACUUUAACAUUUUUUAAAAAAUGCGUUAAAAACAUCUUAAAUAAAAAGGCUUAAAAACAUUGUUUAGAAAAAAAAGUUUUUUAAAAACCAUUAAAAAGCAGUUCCAACACAUUAGGGUGCCAAUCCACUAAACACUGCUUCCAGCCAUUUUUGAUUUUUCUAAGGAAUAAGGCUUGGUUGAGUGCACCCAGUUAUAAUAUAAAAGAACACCUCUUUUAAAAUUUGGGUAGUAGAAAUUAAUCUCCCCCCCCAAGGAUUGGCUGUGGCUAGAAUCAGAAGGGUUGUGCACUUAAUAGCAACUUAAUUAUUUUUUUUCCAAAUGGCAGCCCACCAAAAGUUUCAAAAGCAGUUUUGAGGUCAGUUGCUCCAAUUAAAAAUGCCAAAAGUUGCAUUGAGCCUAAGCAGCUCUCUGGAUCCUGGCCCAAGUUUUCAAAUGACAUUAUUUCUGAUUUCUACAUAAGUUUAUGUACAAGCUGUGUUAUGUAAUUUGAGUAACUUUCAGAUCAACACAGUUUUAGGGUCCAAAAUAAUAGUAACCAGGAUCAAUAUUUUUGUAUGUGCUAUUACUUUUGACAAUCAUAAUUUUGCCUGUAGGAAAAAAUGAAGCCAAAAGCUGGAGGCUGAAUUAAGCUAAAAUCCAGAAAUCUGCAACUAUUCACCUGCAAGUAAGUCCCAUUGAACUCAGUGUGGCUUAGUAGACAUGUAUAGACUUGCACUGUAAGUUACUGAAUUCUUGAUUUCAGCUUAAUUCAGCAUUUCUCCAUUACAUAUUAAAGAAAACUUCAACUAUUUUGGUAGGACCUUUGCACGUAGGGUUAUUCAGAUAACUUUUAUUAACUUGGACUGCAGUCCUGUAUUCACUUGGGAGUAUGUCCCAUUGAACUCAUUGGGGCUUACUUCUGAGUAGACAAAGGAUUACAUUCAUUGUUAGACUAAAAUGGCUCGAGUAAAGAAACGCUGGCUACAGUAGUUCGUGGUUUCAGUUGAGUAUUCAGGACCUAUACUGGUGUAGCUUGUGUUUAUGUUACUAAUAGAUCUUAAGACAGGCCGUCAUUUCAGUACUGUUGCCAGUGUUAUUCUCUGUGAAGCUGAUAGCCAUAGACAAAAAACAAGGCCUACCUUUAUGCUUAUGCUGGAGAUGGCCAGUGUGCAUUAAAGUUUUUAUUUACUUUGGCUAGUAAAUAAAAGUUUGGGAAACCCAUGUAGAAACAUAUUUCUUAUGCUUAUUGCAUCAGGUUGUAUCUCGAGUCAUUCUGAUAUAAAAGCAUAGAGCAAUUAUAAUAGGUCAGUAAUAAUUAUGCUUGUGCCUAAUUUUAGAUGUUGCCUUUGAGGUAGUACACAGGCAACUUUAAGGAUUAGUACAGUUGUUCCCAACCUUUAUGAGUACGGGACCCCCUUUGUAAACUCAAAAAAAUUUGUGACCCCUACAUGGUAAUGGUUGUAAUUUUAGUCUCUGUUAAUUGAAAAAAUAUAUAAUGAAGUGUUAAGUAAUGUCACUUUUUAUUC